AGUCUCGCGAGCGAGGAGAGCACAACGAAAACACCAGUGGCACAACAUCGCUCACACCACAAUACACCCAGCUGAUGACAAGAAUCAUCAGCAUCGCCAACCACCGCCAAACUUCUCGAUGCAAUGCUGGUGUAACUCCUCAAGAGCGAUCGAAGUGCACUUUGCUGACUUCUCACCUAGAGUUGUGUCUCCUCUCAUCCGGUUGCGCACUGGUAGUCACCGGAGCUGAUCGGAAACACAGAAACUUAGGCGGUCUGUCCGGCACUUCAGCCAGAAGUGCUUAAGGCUGGAAACAUUCGAGUGUAAUUGGAUGCUUCCAAUGUCCCCGAUGGUCGAAGGAAAACCAGACGGACCGAAGGGACUCCGAUUCUACAUGGUGCAUUCGUAGAUGUUCAGGUCGUCGUGCUCGUGGUUGGAGAGGUCAGCCAACGGAUACGAGUGCCAAAGAUGGACGCUUUCAGCACGCCCUCAACGCUCUCAGAGAAUUUCUACUCACACCUCUCAACCCUCCUCGAUGUCGAAUAUUGGUCAUGGAUGUGGUGGCUCUUCAAACCCCUCAUGAUAACUUUUCUCCUGCCUGGCCUGAUAUAUGUCUUACUCUACAUAUCUAUCAUCGUUCUGUAUAUCUACCAAUUCCGUCACAUCCUCCGCGAAGAAGCUCAACACGAUUUCUGGAAUGGCGCGCGUACUCUCCUCUCAUUGAUUUGGUGGUGUCAUGCCAGAAUAUAUUACGGCUAUGAGCUCUGCGGAUUGGAGAAUAUCCCAUCGACGGGACCUGCACUGAUUAUCUAUUACCACGGGGCGAUCCCCAUCGAUUAUUAUUACAUGGUGGCGGGUAUCCAUAUGUACAAGAAACGCCUCAUGCGAGGGGUGGGGGAUCGCUUCCUCCAGAGUCUACCCGGAUUUCGACUGUUAUUAGAGGUGUUUAAAGUGACUCCGGGCUCCGUUCAGAGUUGCGUGGAAGUGUUGAGAGAUGGUAAUAUCCUUGGGAUUUCACCAGGGGGCUCAUUUGAAGCUCUUUUUGGCACACACAAGUAUCAAAUUCUCUGGCGAAAUCGGUGUGGUUUCGCGAAAGUAGCUCAAGAGGCCAAGGUUCCGAUUAUACCAGUAUUCACACAGAAUAUCAGAGAGGCUUACCGCACAUUCCCAUACCCUAUGUCGUUCUUCCUAGAAGUUUAUGAGCGAACCAGAUUGCCAUUAGUUCCGAUAUUCGGGGGUUUUCCAGUCAAAUUGCGCACGAUCAUCGGAAAACCGAUACCCUACGACGGGACGCUAACGACGGAACAGGUGGUCGAAAAGACGAAAGUUGCCGUCGAGGACCUCAUAGCGGAGCAUCAGAGGAUUCCUGGCAGCAUCAUCAAAGCUCUCGCGGAGAGAUUCGAAUGGAUUCCUCAACUUCUAGGCAUCCGGCCGAAAUUCACGUUGAAACGGUGACCCGUGAAGGUUGUCUAGCUCUUGGCUUCCACAGAGUCUCUACAGGAGGAACGUUAGGCGAAAUCUGAAUCUGUGGGACUUUCCGUCAGAGAGGAGUCUCGUCGAUGAGGUACUACGCUUAGGGAAGCCGAAGAAUUUCCAGCGUCGUCUCAAAACUUCCUUGUACAUGAGUUCCCUGAUGACGGGCUUGCUUCUCCGCCGACAUCAUCUGGAGGAGCAGUGUUAACGCUCUGUUACGUCCGGUCCAUUCAUCCCUUUGUGUGGGAUAAUCUUCGUGAUGUUUCUUGUUCCGGUAUUUGUGUGAUUGUAAACGUGAUCUGAGACCUUUAGUUUUAGCUGUGUGUAUCUGUAUCGUUGAAUGUCGAUGGCUGCAGGACAAGCUGGACAACCUUAAACUAGGUCGGGAAGCCAAAUCGUGUCCCUUACUCUUGAGCACUCGAGUAGGCGCAAUCAGAGCCGUGCUGCGAACAACGACGCGUACCCCGUGCGCACCUUCAUCUUAACCAACACGUCGCUACGUGGUGAUAUUUGGCCGUUUUCAUGAGUUGCCGUCGCUUCGGCCUCCUACUCCUCCUCCUCGAGGAAUGGCUCCGAAGAACAUUGCGAGAGAUUUUUAUUUUCAUUACAUCGAUUUUUAGUUGCAUGAAUGGAAGAAUGAUUUGUUAUGUCGGUCUUUUAGUCUCGGGCGGAUGCAAUCUGGCGCGAAUGAGGUCUCUUCUCGCCAGAAUACGAAUUCUUCUUUGAGUAAUAAAAGAGCGACCCAUUCACAUGACA